AUGGAGCACCUACCCAUUCAGGGAACCGUUUUGAGCAGCUCUAAGCUCAAUUUGAGAUAUCGAGAGAGCGCAAAGCCUCUUCCCCAUGAUCGUCUCUAUGUUGAUUGCCAAAAAGUUCGUCCUCUCCAGCUCCAGCCCAGCUCCAAUCCACGAUCUUUUGAUCCCGAACGCAGCAAUCGAUCCGACUCAAGAAAGGAAAAGACCUGGAACUCCCCUCCCAUCCCGCCUCCUCAACUCCGAAAUGGCCAAAAGGCGCGCAUCGUUGGCGGCCAGGUCUACAAUUUUGACGAUUUCUACACGACAACUCCGGCAAAAUCUUUCAGUAAUACGCUGCGAUCCGAUGGACAAUCAUCAUUAUCAAGU